GGUAUCAACCGUAAUCCCACCAACCGAGUAAUAUUGGCUUGGGUCGACAUUGUUCGAUGUUACUGGUGUGAAGUGUGUUACGUUAGGCUUUGGUGCGUCUUUGCUUGAAAGGUACAAAAUGGCAACGAAAAGUAGUAAAAAAACAACUGUAAGUAUGUCUUCAACGACAACUUCCUCAGGACGUGAUACACACACGCCACAACCAAGUACAUCAACGCCGCCAGGUAGGCCAGGCAGCCCAUUGAGUCCAACCCGGUACAGCCGGCUCCAGGAGAAGGCAGAUCUUCAAAAUUUGAAUGAUCGUUUAGCAUGUUACAUAGAUCGGGUGAGGCAUUUAGAAGCAGAAAAUAGCAGACUUACACGUGAAGUUCAAACGACGCAAGAAACAGUUACGCGUGAGGUGACAAGUAUAAAGUCUAUGUAUGAGAAUGAGUUGGCUGAUGCCCGGAAGUUACUUGAUGAAACAGCACGGGAAAGAGCCAAGCUGGAGAUUGAUGCGAAACGAUUAUGGGAAGAAAAUGAAGACUUGAAGUUCAGAUUGGACAAAAAGACGAAGGAUCUGGGGAUUGCAGAGAAGAGUCUGUCCCUGUAUGAGUCGCGGGUGUCAGACCUGAGUGCCAAGUAUAACCAGGCAGUAGCAGACCGCAAGAAAAGUACUGAUGACUUGAAAGAUCUGGAGAAAGAGUGUGAGAAAUUGCGCAAGCAAGUGGAAGAGUUGCGUAAGCAUUUGGAAGACGAGACCCUUGCAAGAAUAGACUUAGAGAACAACUUGCAAAGUCUCCGGGAAGAAUUGAGUUUCAAGGAACAGGUGUACAACCAGGAGCUGACUGAAACUCGCACGCGACGUCAGGUGGAAAUUAGUGAAAUUGAUGGACGUCUCACAGAACAGUAUGAGGCGAAGUUGCAGCAGUCUCUUCAGGAACUGAGAGAUCAAUAUGAGGCACAAAUGAGAGCUAAUAGAGAAGAAAUUGAAUUGCUGUAUGAAAACAAGAUAAAGAACCUUACCAGCCAGGCACAGAGAAACAGUGGUGCUGCUUCCAUAGCUGUAGAUGAACUGCGGCAAGCACGUUCCCGUCUCGAUGCAUAUAACAGCAAAAUUGGGGAGCUUGAAUCAGCCAAUGCUGCACUUCUAAUCCGUGUUCGUGACCUAGAGAAGAUGCUAGAUGUUGAACGGCAACGUCACGCAGACGAGAGGGCUGCCUUGGAGGCAGAACUUCAGCAACUUCGUGAUGAGAUGGCUAACCAACUGCAAGAAUAUCAAGACCUUAUGGACAUCAAGGUAGCAUUGGAUUUGGAGAUUGCAGCAUACCGCAAAUUGCUUGAGUCAGAAGAGGCCAGGCUGAACAUUAGCCCCAUGCAAUCACCAGGCAUACGUGUUAUGCGUGGAACUCCUGUAAGGCGAACACCAGUGCGUGGUGGUAAAAGGAAACGUACCACAUUGGAGGAAUCUGAGGAAUCAUCUACAUCUAAUUAUCACAUAACAUCUCAUGCCAAAGGAGAAGUUGAGAUCAGUGAUGUCUGCCCUGAUGGAAAGUUUGUCAAACUACAUAACAAAGGCAAUAAGGAGAUAGUAUUGAGUGGCUGGCAACUGAUACGUCGAGCUGGAGAUCUGGAGACUUCAUUCAAGUUCCACCGCAGUGUUAAGAUUGAGCCGGGUGCAACAAUAACAGUUUGGUCGUCUGACUCUGGUCAGACUCAUGAACCACCAUACAAUAUUGUCAUGAAGGGCCAGAAAUGGUUUGUUGCUGACUCCAUGAGUACUACUCUCCUCAGCAACACCAGUGAAGAAAUGGCAGUAUCUGAGCGGAAGCGCCAACAGCUGUCCAGUUCAUCAUCACGCCACCGAGAAAUAUCUGGCUACCUUGCAUCACACAGAUCCUUAGACAUAGGCUCUGAAGAUCUUUACCAUCAGCAGGGUGAUCCCCAAGGAGAAGAUCGGUGCAAAAUCAUGUGAAGUACUUAAAAUAUGGCAUUCUGUGUCCAUAAGUGGAACUUCACAGACAAAAACAGCACGUCAUUAAUGUUAGAUUUUUUUCAGUGUUGCAGUCAGUGACAUGACAUGCCAAAAGACUGGCUGUCAUUCAGGUGGUUGACUUCUAUAUUUUAACAGGAGAGAGUCAUGUUACCUGCCUGUGUGAGGUAAUUAACAUCCAUUGAAGUGGUGCUUUAUUCUCUUCAAGACAACAUUGUUUUCUUGGUGGUAGUAGCACCGGAUAUUGUUUUUUUUUUACUACUAAUAAUUUCAUGGAACAUCUUUGUAUCAUAAAAUUAAUGUGCAUUUUAUGUUUCUGUUACCUAUAUCUAUGACUAUUUCUUUUUUUAAAGGAACAUUUGUUUUGGUACACUUUUUCUUAGUUGCACCAAAUAUAUUUUUGCUUAAAACUUGCACAGCAGAUCUUUUAUACAAGCUUUGUCUAAAGGAAUUAGAAUAAUAAUGAAUUAAUUAGUAAUUUGUAGGGUCUGGUAUAUUAACAGAAUAUUGAUACAUCAGUAGUAAUAUGUGUGUUAUGUUAUAAUGGGAACAUCUGUAAUUCUAUAAGAAGUUGUGUUGUGGAUAUUCUGCGUGCAGCGCUGUACAUUCUGUUCUAAUUUCACUUUUCUGUUACAGUCAUUAGUAAUACAUGGAUGAUUUCAGUGAAGUACUACUUAAAUUAUUAAAAAUUGUGAGCAGCAGGACUCAAGCUUUUACUGCUGCUAUCCACAGCCACUUAGUAGAUCAUUUCCUACAUGGAUGAAAGUUAUCAUUUUUAGGAAUUAAUCAAAAUAUGGCUAGCUAAUUGGUUUGUUUUUUGACCUCAGUACUCCUUAAAUUCCUGAACCCAGGCAGUGAUGUUGGUGAAAAUUUGUGUUGAUGGGAUGUGAAAGCUUAUUUUAUUUAGACACACAGUUUUCUUGGCACUUUGUACAAAUUGUUGGCAGAAUGUAAGAUCUGAGUGUGUAAAGUGUUCCUUUGUAAAGUGAAGUAGUUUUACUAUACAUAAAAAAACUUAUGAACCCGAGUAACCACUCCCAUUCUGUACACACUGGGCAGUGUAAGGAGGAAUAGCAGGCAAAAAAAGGUUAAAUGUAGGAAUUGCAUAUACCUGAAGAUGGAAAAUAGGAAUGAGAUGUGUAAAAAUUAAUAUAUAACAUAAGGAAUCUACAAACAAUUGUCAACAUAGUAAAAAGAGCUUAAAGUAACUGUACUUUGUAUUGUUUGAAGAGUCCUAGCAAUAGAGUUUCAGGCCUGUAUCAUGUUAUUAGAGGUCUCUAAUACACCAGUUUCACCCUGCAUUUGAAUCCCCAUUUAUUGUUCUUCAGUUUGUUUUCACUCAUUUAAUGUUCAGUUUCAGUAAACUUAAGUGUUAAAUUUCCUCCAAGAUUUUAAGUUUAGCAUUUGAAUUUACUGCUUCACAGAGAAACCUGCUCCACAGAUGUCUUUCCAUGAGGUCUAACUUUGAUAUAAAGAGUGAAUAAUUGUUUUGUGGGAUCCAAAGAACAAGUAAUAAUUAAAUAGAGAUAUGAUAGGUAAUUGAUCCUGUUUCAAAAUGGAAUGAAAAUGUUGCUAUAUGAUCAUGUGAGGGAUAUGGAAUGUUUUAGUAUUUUGAGAUAUGGCUCUGCAAAUAAGAUGGCAGAUUUUGCAGUAUUUUGGUCAUUAGUUUUGUCCAUGCAUUGCUCUAGUACGUUUUUGUAUGGGUGUUCCUUUUCAGUAAUUAACCCAUUGGCCUUACAACCCAGGAAAUGUGGUUGGGUCAGAUUUUUUCACAUCUCAGGCUGGAUGUAAAUGAUGAAAGAGGUCUAGGUCUGUGUGUCUGCCAAGGAAACAGAGUCAUUUGGAUGAUCUUGAACUCCAGAUUUGAUCCUUAAAAUAUUGAUGUAUUUUUGCAUUUCAGACAAA